AUGUCGGAAGAUACCAGCUAUACCGAAAACACACCUAUGAGCGGGAGCGUGGGCAGUCCACCAAGUUCGCCCCUCGUCGAUGCGACAAUAGAUGCGACAAAUGAUGCGACGGAUGCGAGUAAGGAGAAUAUAUCUCCCGUUAGGAGGCAAGUGCUGGCGUCGAGGAACUCGAUUGAUGGGGAACAUAUGUCACCCCUGAAACUAUUGAAAAGCCAAACUUCACCUACCAAAUCAACGGAUGGUACGCGCAGUCCGAGAAAGAUGUCAACACCUAUGAGAUUCCCUGUAAAGCCUACUGCUACACCUUCGCCUUUAAAAUCGCCCGAACCGCCAGUCGUCGUUGAGCAGGAAAUGGAUCUCGAUGAUCCAGUACUAAGAGAUAAUGAAGGGCUUACGAAAGCGAUUGAGAUAUUGGAAGACGAUGAUGAUGAUAAUGAUAACGAGGAAGGACAGACGUCAAACGAAACUUUUGCUUAUAUAGGGACGGGUAGCGUUGGCGCUUCAGCAGAUGAAUCACAUAACAUGAUGGAUGAUACAAUAGUCAGCACAUUCAGCGACUUUUCCGCUGUACCAGAUAUGACCAUGUUCUCCAAAAUUGGGCACAGUCCAUCGCAAUUCUCAAAUGUGGGUGAGCCAACACCGAGACAAAGUCAUCGAUUCAGUACACCUGCUACAGCACGCAGACAGUUGAAUACAUCCGAAGAUUUUUCACCAACACCAUACGGACAUAGGAAUGUUAAAAGUAAGGAUGAUGGAAAUACUACCAACCUACUUGACUUUACCGCACAAAUGAACGGGUUUAAUGGCCGCGGUCCAUCACCUUCAAGACAUAGAAUGUCACCUUCAAAAAGUUCUGCGCCCGAUCAACAUUGGUAUGCGCAAAAUACUGCCGCAACACCAAAAUCGAAUCGAAUGAUGAGCAACAUUUUAGAUUUUGACAUUCCUCCUGCACCUACACCUAGAAGUUUACCCACUGUUACACCUAGGGAAAUUGAGAGAUUGAAAUCGGAUUUCCUCUCGGAGAUUAGUAGUUUGAAAGCUACAUUAAGCGGAAAGGAAGCUGAAUUACAGUUCAUGAAAAUGGCCGUUGGAGACGCGGAGAAGAGAGUUGGUGAAAGCCUGGAACAAUUACGAGAAGAACGAAAUCUACAAGACCAAUUGGCGGCGGAAAAAGAGGAGUGGGAAAAGAGAGGUCGAGAAAUGGAGGCUGUUUUAAGAAACGUGAGAGAAGAAAUGGUUCAAACAGAGCAAGAACGUGAGGAGUUGGAUGGUCGAUUGGAGGAAAGUGAGAGGAGGAGAGAAAUGGCUGAAAUUAUGGCUCAAGAAGCGCAGAGGAACUUGGCAGCUAUGCGUGCUGGGAAAACCACACCUGGAGCUAUUUCACCUCCCGCCGAGACAUCCUUGAAAUCGCCAACUGAAUGCCACUGUGGAGGUCGAACUGUUGAGAUGGCGGUCGAGAAGGUAUCUAGAGAGUUGCAUGCUCUUUAUAAAGAAAAACACGAAACUAAAGUCCAAGCUCUCAAGAAAAGUUAUGAACGUCGCUGGGAUAAGAGGGUCAAGGAGUUGGAAGCCACCGUCGAAGAACUUACCAAAGAAAACGAAGACUUGAGGUUGGGUCACGAUAACGCGACAACGAAAGUGGAAUUUUCAGCGGAAGAUGUUGAAAAACAAGCGGCGCGUGAUGCUAGAACCAAGGAGUUGGAAGCAGAACUUGAGGGCUUGGGAAUGGAAAUCAAAAGUGUUAGACAAGAUAAUGAGGACCUUCGACAUAUGCUACAUGAGGAAAGAGUCGAAAAGACUAAACUGGUUCAAGCCGUUGACGAAAUGAUCCCCAUGAUCGCAAUGUUCGACGAAAUGGUUGCAAAGAAUCUCGAAGAGGAAAAGAAACCUGCUCCAACUCGAUCUUCGCCAAUACCAGAAACACCCGUCUCGCAGAAGAAACAACAUGUUUUCGAGAGUCAGAUGAAGAGUCCUACGCUAGGACGGGCGACUAGCGUUAGCAGACCGAGUGGCUUGAGAGCACCGAGUGCGGCUGGAGGAAGUAGGAUUGGACGGGGUGGUAUGAGCGGAAUUGGGACGGGCCUAGGAAUUGGUGGAGCGGGGAGGGAGAGGAAGGGGAGUAACGGAAGUGUGGCAAGUCAGGGAAGUAGACCGGGCAGUGGGCUCAGUGGCAGGAGCAAUUUAUUGAGUAGUAUUGAUAAAAUGGGAGGAGGGUACAGCCGUUAG